AUGCUGUGGGCGCUCUCCCAGCCUUUGGGGGCCAGUGGGCACACCCCUUUCGAUGAGGAUGCCAGUGGCGAGGCUGCUGCACAGGUGACAGGCCACCCGUUGGGGCCGCAGACAAAAAACAGCGCUGCCCUGCGGCGAGCUCAUCUGAAAGGCGAUGAGGGGUCACCUGCGGAUAUUCUAGGAGUUGCACCACGUACCACGAAGGGCUCGGCAAUGCUUGCCAGUCACACAUACCACCGCGGUGGACCAGUGGAACAGUCUGGACGGAGGACAGUGGGUGCAUUAUGGGGCACGGACUCGACGCAGCCAAUGCAGGGGCGCCGCGGUCGUGGACUGUGUGCCCCAAAGUUAUUGGAUGGCGGCCUGCCUACACAGAAAUCCACACAGGGGUGGAGCGUCGCAACUGUCAAUCACCCAUCCAUUGAAGCCAUACAGCGAUACCAUCAGAGUUUACCUGCGGCGUCUCGCAGUCGUGUUCGGCGCAUCGCUCGUGUGCCCGUUGGUUACUACCGUGCAACGCACGCUGACGGUGGCAUGACAAACCAGCCCGUAGGAUUUCGCCUCCGCGUGGAAGAUGGAGCCGGCAGUAAUCGGAAGGAAUCCUUGGCGUCGCAUGGAAUUUUAGAUGAGGCCAUGGGGUCAAGUGUUGCGUCCCUACAUGGGCAUUGCUUGCUGAGACAUAAUGAGAAACAUAGCGGUCUCGUACAAACAGAGGCCCUUUCCGUGAGUGAGCGCUACGGCUUGUCUUGGUGUCCCUUACUGUCCCCGCUGAUCCUGGAAGUAGACAUUUGUCUGCGUCGUCAGCGCCUCGGUGGGCUUUCUGAAAUAUGGGCGGCAAGUCCCACCGCUAUAGAUAUGGUCCUUGAACGUGCGGGAUUCAAUGCGGCACAGCGCCGUACCAUCACGUGGGAGCUCCAGCGCAUGAUUGCCUUCUCCACCUAA